AUGAUAGAGAUUGCUGCUCCAACAGUGGACAUGAAAGAGGUUGUUGCACCAACAGUGGACGUGAUGGAGGCUGUUGCACCAACAGUAGACAUGAUGGAGGUUGUUGCACCAACAGUAGACAUGAUGGAGGUUGUUGCACCAACAGUAGACAUGAUGGAGGUUGUUGCACCAACAGUGGACAUGGUGGAGGUUGUUGCACCAACAGUAGACAUGGUGGAGGUUGUUGCACCAGCAGUAGACAUUGUGGAGGUUGUUGCACCAGCAGUAGACAUGAUGGAGGUUGUUGCACCAACAGUAGACAUGAUGGAGGUUGUUGCACCAACAGUAGACAUGGUGGAGGUUGUUGCACCAACAGUAGACAUGAUGGAGGUUGUUGCACCAACAGUAGACAUGAUGGAGGUUGUUGCACCAACAGUAGACAUGGUGGAGGCUGUUGCACCAACAGUAGACAUGGUGGAGGUUGUUGCACCAACAGUAGACAUGGUGGAGGUUGUUGCACCAACAGUGGUCAUGGUGGAGGUUGUUGCACCAGCAGUGGACAUGGUGGAGGUUGCUGCACCAACAGUGGACAAAGUGGAGGUUGUUGCACCAACAGAGGACAUGGUGGAGGUUGUUGCACCAACAGUGGACAUGGUGGAGGUUCUUGCACCAACAGAGGACAUGGUGGAGGUUGUUGCACCAACAGUGGACAUGGUGGAGGUUGUUGCACCAACAGAGGACGUGAUGGAGGUUGUUGCACCAAAAGUGGACAUGGUGGAGGUUGUUGCACCAACAGUGGACAUGGUGGAGGUUGUUGCACCAACAGUGGACAUGGUGGAGGUUGUUGCACCAACAGAGGACAUGGUGGAGGUUGUUGCACCAACAGUGGACAUGAUGGAGGUUGUUGCACCAACGGUGGAUAUGGUGGAGGCUGUUGCACCAACCGUGGUCAUGGUGGAGGUUGUUGCACCGGCAGUAGACUUGAUGGAGGCUGUUGCACCAACAGUAGACGUGAUGGAGGUUCUUGCACCAACGGUGGACGUGGUGGAGGUUGUUGCACCAACAGUAGACGUGAUGGAGGCUGUUGCACCAGCAGUAGAAGUGAUGGAGGUUGUUGCACCAGCAAUAGAAGUGAUUGAGGCUGUUGCACCAACAUUACACGUGAUGGAGGUUGUUGCACCAACGGUGGACGUGAUGGACGUUGUUGCACCAACAAUGGACAUGGUGGAGGAUGUUGCACCAACAGGGAACGUGAUGGAGGUUGUUGCACCAACAGUGGACAUUGUGGAGGUUGUUGCACCAGCAGUAGACUUGAUGGAGGCUGUUGCACCAACAGUGGACAUUGUGGAGGUUGUUGCACCAACAGUGGACAUUGUGGAGGUUCUUGCACCAACAGAGGACAUGGUGGAGGUUGCUGCACCAACAGUGGACAUGGUGGAGGUUGUUGCACCAACAGAAGACAUGUUAGAGGAUGUUGCACCAACAGUGGACAUUGUGGAGGUUGUUGCACCAACAGAAGACAUGUUAGAGGAUGUUGCACCAACAGUGGACAUGGUGGAGGAUGUUGCACCAGCAGUAGACUUGAUGGAGGCUGUUGCACCAACAGUAGACGUGAUGGAGGUUGCUGCACCAGCAGUAGAAGUGAUGGAGGUUGUUGCACCAGCAGUAGAAGUGAUGGAGGUUGUUGCACCAGCAGUAGAAGUGAUUGAGGCUGUUGCACCAACGGUAGACGUGAUGGAGGUUGUUGCACCAACGGUAGACGUGAUGGAGACUGUUGCACCAGCAGUAGAAGUGAUGGAGGUUGUUGCACCAGCAGUAGAAGUGAUUGAGGCUGUUGCACCAACAGUACACGUGAUGGAGGUUGUUGCACCAACGGUGGACGUGAUGGAGGCUGUUGCACCAACGGUAGACGUGAUGGAGGUUGUUGCACCAGCAGUUGAAGUGAUGGAGGUUGUUGCACCAGCAGUAGAAGUGAUGGAGGUUGUUGCACCAUCAGGGAAAGUGAUGGAGGUUGUUGCACCAACAGUGGACAUGGUGGAGGUUGUUGCACCAACAGUAGACAUGGUGGAGGCUGUUGCACCAACAUUGGACAUUGUGGAGGUUUUUGUACUAGCAGUAGACGUGAUGGAGGUUGUUACACCAACGGUGGACGUGAUGGAGGUUGUUGCACCAACGGUGGACGUGAUGGAGGUUGUUGCACCAACGGUGGACGUGAUGGAGGCUGUUGCACCAGCAGUGAACGUGAUGGAGGUUGUUGCACUAACAGUGGCUGUGAUGGAGGUUGUUGCACCAGCAGUAUACGUGAUGGAGGCUGUUGCACCAACAGUAUCCAUGACAGGCCAUGUUGCACCACACAGUAUCCAUGAUAGACAAGGUGAAGGGUGUUGCACCAGCAGUAGCCGUGAUGGAGGUUGUUGCACCAUGCAGUAUCCAUGGUAG